AUGGCUGUGAUUCAAACCAAUCGGACGCUAUCGCGUGGAGACUCACUAAAGUCACUGGGUGCCGUUUCAGCCAACACGGUUGCUGAAGUUGCGAGCAAGAGCGACAUUAUCUUCUCGUGUGUAAGCAAUGAUGCUGUUCUACAAGACGUCGCCAAGGAUAUUAUUGCGUCUGGGAGUAUCGAGGGGAAGGUAUACGUUGACUGCUCAACCGUACAUCCGGACACGUCUGUCGAUGUAGGCAAGCAGAUUUUGCAAGCUGGUGGACAGUUCGUGGCAGCUCCCGUAUUCGGCGCAGCCGCCAUGGCCGAGGCUGGAAAACUCAUAUUCGUGAUUGCCGGGCCCGAAGAAGCCAAGUCCAAAAUGGCACCAUACCUCAAAGAUGUGAUGGGCCGAUCCGUCAUGGACAUGGGCUCAGACGUGUCCAAGUCCAGUCUUCUCAAGAUCGCCGGAAAUAUCUGUGUUAUCUCCUUCAUGGAGGUCAUCUCCGAAGCGCACGUCUUUGCGGAGAAGACCGGCCUUGGUUGUGCGACGCUCGAAAAUAUGCUGGGGAACAUGUUUGGGCCCGUAGUGGAGAGUUAUUCCAAGCGUAUCACUACGGGGGCGUAUGCGCCGGCGCCGGAUGGCAAGGCCGGAUUUGAUGUCAGGCUAGCCGUAAAGGAUGCUAAGCAUGCGUUGAAUUGUGCCAAGACCGCGGGGACGAGAUUGGAGGUUAGUGAGGUUGCUUUAAGGCAUAUGGAAGAGGCAAUGGCAUCUUCGGAACUAGACGGGAGGCCGCUAGAUAGCAGUUCGAUGUAUGGAGCGAUACGGAAAGAGGCGGGCAUGGACUUUUUCUCGGACGUUUGUAAACAAAUGGAUAGUGCAAAGUAG